AGAUAAAGGCGUUUGAUCGAUAAACAUGCAGACUAUCGAGAAAGCUCUUCAUCAGCCUAUGCCUUUUACCACUGGCGGGCAAACCAUCUCAGAUAGGCUAACAGCAGCCAAACACUCAUUAGCCGGUAGUCAACUUGGGAAAACAAUAUGCAAGGCAACUACGGAAGAGUUGAUGGCUCCAAAAAAGAAGCAUCUCGACUAUUUGCUGCAUUGCACGAACGAACCGAAUGUGUCAAUACCUUCUAUGGCAAAUUUGCUGAUAGAACGAACUCAGCAUCCAAAUUGGACUGUAGUCUACAAAGCACUAAUCACAAUUCACAACAUCAUGUGCUAUGGAAACGAGAGGUUUUCGCAAUAUCUAGCUUCAUGUAAUACAACAUUCAACCUCGGAAACUUUCUUGAUAAGAAUAGUACUUCAGGAUAUGAUAUGUCACAGCAUGUAAGAAAAUAUGGCAAGUACAUUGGUGAAAAAAUCGCCACCUAUCGAGUUUGCGCAUUCGACUUCUGUAAAGUGAAGCGAGGAAGAGAAGAUGGUCUACUGCGGACCAUGCAUACCGAUAAGCUUCUCAAGACUCUGCCUAUUCUCCAGAAUCAGAUAGAUGCACUUCUUGAGUUCCAGGUUUCCGCUAGCGAGUUGAAUAAUGGUGUCAUCAAUUGCUCGUUCAUUCUACUGUUUCGUGAUCUCAUUCGACUUUUUGCUUGCUAUAAUGAUGGGAUCAUAAAUCUGCUAGAGAAGUACUUUGACAUGAAUAAGAAGCAGUGUCGUGACGCGCUCGACACAUACAAAGGAUUUUUGACUCGCUUGGACAAAGUGUCGGAAUUUUUGCGCGUAGCCGAAUCAGUUGGAAUAGAUCGAGGAGAGAUUCCUGAUUUGACGAGAGCACCCGCUAGUUUGCUAGAAGCCUUGGAGGCCCAUCUCAUCCAUUUAGAAGGCGGAAGAGCUCCAGUGCAAUCUCAGUACCCAUCUGCCCAAGCCCAACUGAGCAAUUUCUCGAUGGCUGGUGGAUUUCAAAUGCAGCCGCAUGUUGGUGAUGUGGAGCGGAUGAGGUAUAUUGAGUUGGAGAAGGAGAGGCUGCGGCAAUUUGAAGAACAAAAACGUCAACAAGGGUCUGUCGGCAGCUCGUCCUCGGCUGCAACCUCCAGCUUUAAUCCGUUUGCGGCUGAUGCAUCAUCCAACUCCGAGGUUCCUAAAAAAACAAAUGAGGAUUUGCUUGAUCUGUUCAACACACCUGCCCAGCCUUCACAACCCCUCAUCGAUGCCACAAAUCCAUUUGCCCAAUUCACAGUCCCAACUAGUUCGAAUGUGACUGGUCCUAGUGGAUAUCCUUCAGUAGGCGGAGUCAUGGCUCAACCGCUAGUGUCACAGCGUCCUGAAAGUGUAGGAAAUGCAAAUGGAUUUCAACCGGAUUUCACACGGGCUUUCAGCGCUAAGCCAAGUAAUGGAGGUACCUUUGAUCCUUUUGCUACCACUCAACAGGGACAAGGAAAGAUUGGCGGAGACAUUGAUUCAGCUCUAUCGAAUUUGGCUGAUAACCUGACAAUAAGUGGAAAUAACCAAGGACGCCCUGUGCAAUGGGGUGGCCAACCACAACAGGGACAACAACAAGCACCGGUAUCGUCCGCGAUGCCUGCACCUUCGAUGGCACCACAAAUGCCCACUUAUGGUGCACCUCAAUACACCAAUCCUUAUGGUCAAUACGCCCCUCAACCCUAUGGCGGCCAAAUGCCACAGUGGCAAAUGCAGCCUCAAAUGUUCCCAACACAACAAGCUCCCGGUUAUAAUAUGUACGGUGGAGGUGCGAUGGGUUACGGACAAAUGCCCGGCCAAAUGACCAGCCAAAUGCCAGCAAGUCAACCGCACCCUCAACAAGGACAGGAUCCAUUUGGAGGAUUUUGAGUUGAAGAAGUCUCCUUAAUUAUGAGAUAUUUAUAAAUUAUUACAUAAGAGCCAAGCUUAUGUCUCGUCCAGGGCCCAAAUUUUAUGUUCUGAAUCGCUCUAGCGUGCAAUCCGCUCUUGUAUGAAAAGCCCAUAGAUACAAGCAUAAUUUGUGCAGUAAUGCACACCGAACACCGUCAACAUUUUUAUGCAUAGUGAUGGUUGUGAAGUCGAUUUUGUAAGAUGCAAUAAUGCGUCACAGUGUUAGUGCUCUUCGUGUCGGUUCACUAUUGAUACAGUUUUUCUUGAUAUUUAUUGAACAGUUUUAGUCCUUGUAUUUGAGAAUCGCGGAAUCUUCUGCUUUUUACAGAUACCAGUUUCUAGUUCACCAGAUACGUUCCUACUUAUAUUUAUACAUAUAGAUAAAUUAUCGUUCUUUGCAGAGGAUGAAGAAGUUGUGAAGUUACAACAUAUUGACAUUUGCAUUAGUGUUGCUCUCGAGAUUCUUAUUGUCAUAAGCUUACCUUAUAUACUUUUUUCCCCAAACUUCUAAUUGUUCGCUUAUUGUAAACUGCGAUUGGUACCCGAAUAAACAUAGAG